AGUGACUCUAUCGAACGCACGUUGUUCGUCUGUGUUGUUCGUGUUCCUGGGACUUUGCGCCUUCUCACGUUUCUAUGCUUGAAACUGAUUUUGGUUAGCGUUUCAUUAACGUUUUCCUCGUCCUUUUCCGGAGGAAAGUGUACACGCCGAUCGGUGUGAUAACAGAGGGAAAACGCAAGUAACAACAAAAUAAAAGCAUAAUGUUUGGAUCGGGUGCGGGACCGAUUGUUGUUCUCAGCCAGAACACGAAGCGCGACACCGGCAGGAAGGUACAGAGAGAAAAUAUCCAAGCGGGCAAGGCAAUCGCCGACGUCAUUAGAACAUGUCUGGGUCCACAAGCCAUGUUGAAGAUGCUGAUGGACCCGAUGGGUGGCAUCGUAAUGACGAACGAUGGAAACGCGAUUUUGCGCGAAAUUACUGUGCAGCAUCCUGCUGGAAAGUCCAUGAUAGAAAUUGCCAGGACUCAGGAUGAAGAGGUAGGGGAUGGCACCACCUCAGUCAUCGUUCUGUCGGGUGAGAUCCUGGCUACCGCCGAACCGUUCCUGGAACAGAAUAUGCACCCCACUGUCAUUAUAAGAGCGUACCGUCAGGCCUUGGAAGACAUGGUCACAAUCCUGAACGAGAAAGUCAGCAUCGAUUUAGAUUGCAACGACAAAGACAAACUGGUCCAAGUGAUAAACUCCUGUACAGGCACUAAGUUCAUCAGACGCUGGUCUGAUUUGGCCUGCCAAAUUGCUCUGGAUGCCGUUCACACGGUGAUGUUUGAGGAAAACGGCAGAAGGGAGAUUGACAUCAAACGUUACGCCAAGGUGGAGAAAAUACCUGGUGGAACGAUAGAAGAUAGCACUGUCCUGAAGGGCGUAAUGAUCAAUAAGGACGUGACGCAUCCGAAAAUGCGACGUUACAUCAAAGAUCCGAGAAUAGUGCUGCUGGAUUGUCCAUUGGAAUACAAAAAGGGCGAAUCUCAGACGAAUAUAGAGAUAAUGAAGGACACAGAUUUUACGAAGAUUUUGGAACUGGAGGAGGAGCAUGUGAAGAAGAUUUGCGAGGAUGUUAUUUCUGUGAAGCCGGACGUCGUGAUUACGGAGAAGGGCAUAUCGGAUCUUGCUCAGCACUACCUCGUGAAAGCCGGCAUAUCCGCGAUACGUAGACUACGAAAGAGCGAUAUUAACAGAGUUGCUCGCGCCUGCGGUGCCACCGUUGUCAACCGUACCGAGGAGCUGAAGGAUGAGGACGUCGGCACGGGUGCCGGUCUCUUCGAGAUCAAGAAACUCGGCGACGAUUAUUUCUGUUUUAUCACGGAAUGCAAGGAUCCUAAAGCUUGCACCAUCAUUCUGAGAGGUGCUAGCAAGGAUAUCUUGAAUGAGACCGAAAGGAAUUUGCAGGAUGCGCUGCACGUCGCCAGAAAUCUCCUUAUCGAUCCGAAGCUUGUACCAGGUGGUGGAGCAGUGGAAAUGGCAGUAUCCCGGCUUCUGACGGAAAAAGCGGCAGGUCUCGCCGGUGUGGAACAAUGGCCAUACAAGGCAAUCGCACAGGCCUUGGAGAUUAUUCCCAGGACACUGGCGCAGAACUGCGGCGCAAAUACCAUCAGGACUCUGACGGCGUUGCGCGCCAAACACGCGACAGAAGGCACUACCUGGGGCAUUGAUGGAGAGACGGGAAAAUUGGUCGAUAUGAAGGAACGCGGUAUAUGGGAACCGUUGUCUGUAAAGUUACAGACGUACAAAACGGCGAUCGAGACUGCUAUACUGUUAUUGAGAAUAGACGAUAUCGUUUCCGGAAGUAAAAAGAAGAAAAACGAGAACGAUACCGCGCAGCCGAGUCAAGUUACGGAGGAAUCUAUGAAAGAAUAAGUAUCGUUGAUAUCCAUUGAAACCUAAUCACAUUACGUUUAUACUUUAAGAUUCAAUUAUUUUGCACUUUCUCUCUCGCGUGUCUGUUAGAUUUUUAUCUCUUCUGUAUGCAUUUUCAAAAAAUAAAGACAAGUGCCCCCGAU